AUGACACGAAUUCAAAUACUCAAAUAUGCAGCUGACAAACUGAUUGGUAUACCUUUAACAAACACUUCUACUACUGAACAUAAACCAGAUCCAUUAUGUCUUAUAACUCCUAAGCCAUAUGAACAAAAUAAAUUCCUUGUACAUAAUGACUCAAUAACUGACAAGAUAAAAUUUACAAAAGCAUCAAUAGAACAAUAUCGUCGACGUCUAGAAAGAAUUGAAUAUGAUCGAAUACAUUCAUUUCUUGGUGGUGAAAAGAUGUCCGAUAUACAAUUAUUAGAUAAAUUAAUUGAAAUCAUAGAAAAUAUUGAAAAUUUUAAUAGAAAUCAAAAUUUAAAUAUGAAAUUAUCAGCGCCAAUCUCAUCACCAUUAACAACAGCCAUAACAACAAUGAAAAUAAAAAUCAAUAAAAGGAAAGGAUUAAAAUUAUUGAAUAAUAAUAAUAAUAAUAAUCAAUUCAUUCAUUCAUUUGAGCAAUCAAAAAUCAAUAAAUCAAUAAAACAAAAUAAUCAAUUCUAUGAAUACAAUAAAAUACAAAAAAUCAAUAAUUUACAAAAAGAAAUAAGAAUGAAUAAAUAUUGGCGCCCAUGGGAGGAUGAAGAGAAUGAACAAGAGGAGGAGGAGGAGGAGGGGGAGGGAGUGGAUGAAAAUGUAUUUAGUUGA